AUGCUGCCACGUUCGCGAGAAGCCAGGUUACUUCGAAGGCUGCGCGAAAACGCGGAAGACGCAGUGGUGCGGGCGAAAGACUGGUCUGUCGUAUUCGCCGUCGCUGCCCGCCGUCACCAUCAUCAGACCACAGUCGCCUUUUUCUCCGCGCGAGAGAUUCCGUUGCCGCCAGCUGAGCAUUGUUUCGAGAGAAAAAAACGUUGGGACGCCAUUCUACGUUUCGAUGGAUUGACAAGGCCCUUGUACUCUGACGAUGUCGUCUGGGCUUACGGCUCCGGCGAGGGUCUGCUUGUGUACCGGCUACCCAGCCAGGAGUACUGUGCUUUGGAUGUAGCCUUGGGCAGCUCGCAAAUUGUGCCAUUCACCACGAAAGGUCGUAUAGUACGGCGAGUGAGACUCGAGCACGGAGUGCUUGUUUUUGAGUGGGCAGAGCGGGAGGCUUUCCACCCGCUAAACGAAGGCGAAGGCGUCCAUCGCCACUUCGCCUCAGUAUUUGACGUGUGGACACACAAGGGGGAGUACGACACACUGCCGGACCUGGGUGCUUCGAAGCCCGGUGAUGCUGCAGAGGGAGAGAGAUCCAAGCCACAAAGAUGGCAUUUCGCUCUUCGCGCCGAGUGGGAAACCCACUCCCUAGGCUUCCCAUUUGCCACCAGCGAUCGUUUCUACUGUGCCCACAAUGCAACCCAUUACGCCCUCUAUCUGUGGCAGCCCGAUCGCUCGCCCUGGGGCGAAGACAGCCCGCUCGAACGCCUGACGGUCUGGGACAUUGGCAACCCCCGAAAGACAGAGUCCUGCAUCUCCGUCGCGCCUGUCGAGCCAGACGUUAUACGCAACAUUACGAACGAACAUCUCGCGCUCUGGGGUCUCCGCCAGUCCGACACGCCGUCACUGCGCUCUGUCGCUCUCGACAGCGAGACCCGCGAUCCCCACACUGGGCAGUCGACAGGCCACCUCUUCUUCCUGACGGAAGAGCACCUCUGGGCCGCGGCCUCCCAGUCCGGUCUCCCCCCACGCCGCCUUCACAGCGUAUGCGCCACCGGCAUCCCGCUGCAGGGCAACGGGCCCGUCUGGGUGAACGAGUGCAGCGGCAACGCGGUCAGUCCGGCCUGUCGAGGGAACGCGUUCGCCGUGCAAGAAGAGGAUGCGUGGCCCGGCUGGGCGCCGUGCUGGCUGCACGAGGGCUUGCCUUCCCUCACCGUCGCGCAGCUCGUGGACCGCUUGGCGGGGUCGCGCUUCGAUGCGCGGCAGUGCUUGUCCAUGGAGUAUGUCAGUGUGAACAGGGACCCGGAGCAGGGCACGGCCAGCUCCGUCUCGAGAGCGGACGCGCGAGAAGGCGCGAACUCGGCCGACGUCGAUGGGGCCCUACAGAGACAAGUUCGGUCCCUGGACGGGACGUGGAGGCGGAUCAUGGAAAAGGGGAAGAUCGCGGAUGCCUACCUCAAUAGGUCAUGGUACGAUCCAUACAUCCAUCGCUCUUCCGUUUCGAUGCCAGAGAUAAAACGGGGAGCUGCGCACAUGUUCAAACUCAUGCCCAGAAUCUGGUUCAACAUUUAUGGCCCAAGAGAGCCCAGGAUUCGCCCCAUGUUUGGGCUGUAA